CUCGAGCUCAUCCCUUGAUUCAACAUCACCACCAUACCUCCCCUCACCAAAACUUCCAACCCACCCAAAAUGAGCUACAUCCUCACCCUUUCUUGCCCGGAUCGUCCGGGCAUCGUCCACGCCGUGACCGCCUACCUGGUGCAGCAGAACCUCAACAUCAUCGACAGCAGUCAAUACGGCGACCUGACCAGCCAGCGCUUCUUCAUGCGCGUGCACUUCAAAGAUGAAUCCACCCCCGGCCAAUCCCUCAGCGAGCUGCGCUCCGCCUUCGAGUCCACCGCCCAGGCCCUCUCCAUGGACUUUUCCCUCGUGUCCGCCACCACCAAGCCCCGCGUCCUGAUCAUGGUCUCGAAGAUCGGCCACUGCCUUAACGACCUCCUCUUCCGGGCCUCGACCGGCCAACUCGCCAUCGAAAUCCCUCUCAUCGUCUCCAACCACCCCGACUUUGCCACCCUGGCUGCCACAUACAACAUCCCGUUCAUCCACCUCCCCGUCACCGCCGCUACCAAGCCCCAGCAGGAGGGACAGAUCUUGGAGCUGAUCCGCGAACAUAACAUCGAUUUGGUCGUGUUGGCCCGGUACAUGCAGGUGCUGUCGCCGACGCUGUGCGAGGCCAUGUCCGGCAAGAUCAUCAACAUUCAUCACAGUUUCUUGCCCAGCUUCAAGGGCGCUAAGCCCUAUCACCAGGCGUUCGAUCGUGGUGUCAAGAUUGUGGGUGCCACGGCGCAUUUCGUCACUAGUGAUCUGGAUGAGGGCCCGAUUAUCGAGCAGAAUGUGGUCCGUGUGAACCAUGCGAUGAGCCCUAAGGAGCUGACUCAUGCCGGUUCCAACGUGGAGAGCAAUGUGCUCGCUACGGCGGUCAAGUACUUUGCCGAGAGGCGGGUGUUGCUUAAUGGACACAAGACUGUUGUUUUCAACUAGUUUGGGUUGAUAUAUAGAUGUGAAAUUGUCACUGACUGGUCGGUAUAUUGAUUGAGCCUGAAUGCUAUGCUGCUACAAGCGGAUUCCUUCAAAGGGAUGGUAAUCCUCCUCUCCGGCCCAUUGGGCUUCGUGCAGAGACUCGUCCAUUUGGGAUUUGUCCAUGCCGGCGAUCACGUCC